AUGUUAUCUUCAACUUUCAAAAAAGUUGCUUUACAACUUUGCCUUUUACUUUUUUUGGUUAUAGUCGUUAAAACUUCGCCAAUUAAAAAUUUUAAACGCGAUCUUAAAUCAUGUCUUACUUCGAUCAAAGGUCAAACGGUAUUUCCUAAUAAUCCAAAUUACAUACAAGAUAUUACGGAUGAGAAUACUCGUAUAACUUUUCAUCCUAAUGCGAUUGUAUAUGCAAAUAACGUGAAAGACGUGCAAACGGCGGUCAAAUGUGCAAAGUCUCUAAACCUAACUAUUACUGCUAGAUCGGGAGGUCAUUCAUAUGAAAAAUAUAGUACUUUCGGAAAAUUGGUUGUGGAUACUUCAAAUUUGAAUGAAAUUACUAUUAAUAAACAGAAAAAUACUACUGUCAUUGGUUCAG